GCGCCUGAAAGUCACAGAAUGAAAACUAUUGCUAUAGAAAACACACAAAUGCUGAAAAUUGUAAUACCUCAGAUGUUGGUUGCAAUUCCACAGUGAAGUCUUAAAAGGGCAAAUAUUGAACAAAGAGCAUUUGGUCUACUAAUCUACGUGCAGUUUCUUGCAAAAACAGAAAUUCCUUAUUGAGCUGAUUAGAAAGAAAGGUACAUCGAACGGGGGUCAAGUUCUUCAAAGGAGAGUUGAGUGGACCGUGUGUUGUCAUGCAUGAACAGGAGACACAUUAUUGAUAAGAUCACACCUGAGGUGUUGUCUAUAUAACCAGCGUCCGGUGAAACUAGCUCUCACCCCGGGGCCAACUGAACCUCCUAGGUUGGGCUUGAUUCCGGUAAUGAGUUGAUGAUCAGUGCAGGGGGAUAAUGAUUCUUCUUUGGACUGUGUGUGCAUUACUGCUGUACCAGACUUCAGCUGAUGCAAUUGACGUAACUUUAGAUGGAGUAGGGACUGUUGAAGAAAAUGAUGUUGUCAAUAUCUCGUGUACUGUGUCAGGCACGCAUUAUCAACCCACAAGUAUUGUAAUGUUCUCUUACCCCAUAAACCCAGACAUCAACAAUGUAUCCCAGUAUACAACGACAACUGUGUAUGACAAUUUGACAGAGACGUAUACUACCACUGUGUUAGCCCCUCCUGUCACCGUGCAAAGAACAAUGAAUAGCCAGUCAAUAUCUUGUUAUGCUUCAGUGAAUUCUUCCACGAUUUUCCGAGUAAAGAGAUUUACUGUCUUUUAUGGACCAUAUGAUGAUUAUGUGUCAUUACAAGUAGACAGGGCUGAGAUGGAAGUUGAGGGAAACAGAAUGACCUGGAUCUGUUACGGAGGAUUCACAAACCCAGCAGUGUCCAUCACAUGGUACAACGGCUCCACAGAGUUCAGCCCCGAUACACCAUCUAUUGUAGAAAAAUAUGGUGAUCAUUACAAUACACGACAAGAAUGGAACUUUGAGUAUCACCGAGAUUACACGGGGAAUAAUAUUAGUUGUGUUGUCAGAGGAUCUGGAAAUAGAACAGUGACCAAAACAAAGCAGUUUGGGGACAUUCUUUAUGACCCAGAUUUAGUUGUUCGAGGGAGCUCUGUUGUAGACGAGGGAGCCACCUUAAAUUUGACCUGUGAGGUUGUGGCAGCCAAUCCAAUGACAAGUGCCUCCUGGAGUGGGGGAG